UCGAGGCUGCUUGUUUGUCACAGACUCUGCACAGAGGGCAACAGCUCAGCGGCUUUCCCAGGGCCUGCAUCACAGCUGAAAAGCUCUGCCAACAUGGCACCAUCGUUUCUGUCGCGCCAAGGUCUGCCCCGCCUGGCCUACCACCGCCUACCAGGCUGCAGCCCCGGUGUCGUCUUUUUGCUGGGCUUCCGCAGCACCAGAGCCAACCCCAAGUGUCAGAGGAUGGAGCAGUUCUGCCGGGAGACAGGACGGGCAUUCGUCAGCUUUGACUACCGGGGAUGUGGGGAGUCAGAUGGCUGCUUUGAAGAGAGCCGCCUGGGGGACUGGAAGGAAGACACCUUGAGUGUGUUCGACGAGCUCACCAGCGGCCCCCAGAUCCUGGUGGGGGCCAGCAUGGGGGGCUGGCUGAUGCUGUUGGUGGCCCUGGAGCGCCCAGGUAGGGUUGCUGGGCUAGUUGCCACAGGGGUUGGCGUCGAUGCCUUCAUCGCCCAUGCCAGGGGGCUCCCCGCAGAGGUGAGGAGCCAAGCCCAGCAGAAUGGCUUCCAUGUCUUCCCUAGGGCCGGCAAGGAGCCCCUGCUCAUGCAAUGGGGCUUCUUUGAGGAGGCAGAGCAACACAGCCUGCUGGAGCGCCCAUCCAUCGGCGUGUCCUGCCCUGUCCGGCUGCUGCACGGCUUGAGGGACAAGACCGUGCCCUGGCAGCGAGCGCUGGAGGUGGCGGAGCGGCUGCAGAGUGCCAAUGUCCACAUCACGCUGUUCAAAGGAGGGGAGCAUGGGCUGGACAAAGAGGAGGAGCUCAGCGAACUGGUGGGGGCUGUCAGGGGCCUCCUGGCAUUGGUGGCACAGGAAGGCUGAAGCGCAUGGGGGGCAGAGGCUCAAGGAAGCCCCCAGGGAUCCAGUUGGUGCAGCCUAGAUUGACUGCGCAGAGGGGUUCCUGGCUACUACACACAGCAUUUUGCCCGGGUCUUUGCAGUGGGGGUUGGGGAAACACUUUAAAAGGGGCAGAAGGCCUAGGGGGAAGGGGGAAGCAAGGGAGGAAGGCUGCAGGCAGAGAAGCUGUCUGUAACUUUUCUGAAUGCCAUGCAUGAAAAAUUCUCAAGACAAAAGAGAGAUUUUGAUGCCCACCUAAUAAAGCAAACCUCCAACUUU